UAUGAUUACCCAGUUUCAGAUCAAAUUCUACUCAUGUAGUAGCUCACUGUUUUUAUCCCAAAACAUCAAAUUUAUGUCCGAUUUGACAACCUACAGUUAGUUACUUUGUAGCUAUUUUUGAUGAUUGGAUUGAUUGGUCAUCGCACCAGUGACGUCGCUCAGUCUGGACUGGUCCAGUCUGUCAGAAAAGACUGUUCAGAUGUAUUCUGACUGACCUUGGUGCGCGAGAUCAGAACAUCUCACCGGCCAACGGACAGGAUGCAAACACCCCAGGUUUACCGUUACCUCAACUUCCAACAUUGCAAAUGUCAAUCCCAGUAGUAUUUGAAACUCAUCGAUUCCAGAUAUCUAAAGGUAAAGCUAUUUAUUUUAUAAUUCUCCAGGUUAAUGUCUGAAUAAGUGAACGUUAGGAAUACCCAUGUGAACAAUUGAUCAAUUCAAAAUACUCGCCACGCUUAGCCAUACCUUCACACUGUAAGCACAACUGAAGUUAUGUAGCCUAGAUAUAAGGACAUUGUAAUUGUUUACUACAUUCACUAGCCCACUGCACCCAAUUACACCUGAAAGCAACCUGUUGAGAGGUGCCAUAAAUACAUUUGCAAGGACAGUGGACACUUACCAAUCAUUUAACCAGGUUGUAUCCUCAAGUAGGACAACCUUGCCACCAGUGCUCAGGCUUGUGUGGCCAUUGUGUUCCACAGUAUUUGUUCUGCAAAUCCUUGACCAGACCGAUUGUUUUCAUAUCCUUAAGAGCGCGCCGUGUGAUUGCGCUUGGCACGGCAGUGGGCGCGCUAAACCCCCUGGCCUUUAAUCCCGCGACAGAGAGUCGCUGAUUCAUAUAGUCCAAGGUGUGGCCGGCUUUUAUUUAGCUACUUAUCGUUGCCCUGAUCUCAGAGCGGUGCCCCGAUCUCAGAUUUCAUAGAGCAGGUUAUGUGGGGCCACGGUCCAGGCAGUGGAGAGGGGCUGUUGUGGCUAGGAUUUAUAUUCCAUUCGCCGUGGUAAUGUACCAUAGGCAGGUCUAUAGUAGCCUACUAUCUUUACUCAUCUUAAAAUAAAAGGCGUUUAGUAUAGACAAAUUUAUUGUGUUGUAAUACACAAUAGCCUUCGUACGCACAUCUUCGUGGAUGAAAAACAUCACAGAGAAUAGGACUUUUAGACAGGACCUGUCCUAUAGGUCUAGAAGGGUUCCAUAAUAGUAUUUCAGAAAGCGGAGCUUGACUAAUUAGAGUUGUUUAUAGACCUUUAUAGUAAGGUUACAGAUGAAGGUCUGGUCUUAUGUCAAGUCUGACUUGUCUAUUCCACUGUUCAAAGUAAAGCCUAUAGGAAUAUAUCUUUUUUAAUGUCCAACAGAUACAUUUUCUACUGAUUAUGACUGACUUGACGGUGAUGUAUUUUGUCCUGUAUAUUGCGAAUAAACGUUGUCAAAGUGGUCAGACUUGAGUGUUGACUCAUUCGUUUCCUGAAGCCCUAGAAGGCCGACAUUAUGUGGUACUGAUUUUGUCUCGCUGCAAAGCAGGUUAUGUGCUCCGAUGUAUGCCAUUUUACCCACUUAUACAAUGCAAUAUUUUCUCUAGCCGCUGGGAGCUGCUCUCGCUCCACUAGCAGGCGUGAGGAUUACGCAGCCCCUCUCCAUUUUACUGUUGCCCAGGCCACACUACGCGCACACACACUCAGCCUCACACCACAACUGGAUGUGUGCCAAACAGGACUCUCACAAGAGGUGGAGUGGACUUUCCGGUGCGCCUCUAAAUUGGCCAAUCUCCCCUGAUGGCGACUACCCUGUUUGUUACAGUCCGGCUUCCAACACCAUGACACCAUGCAAGGAACACACACAACAUACAAUCACUCACCUGCCAGUCUGAUGAAUUUCAUUCAUAACAAAAAGUGAUUCCUCAAACAGCCUUUUCCAAUUUCUUAACAGUGAUCUAUUUCAAUCAAGAGUUAUUGUAGGCAUAAGAAAACAUUUCCUGUCAUUAAUUUUAUUUAAAAAAUAAUAUCCACUUUGGCGUUAUCUGUCUAUGUUUUGUAACAUUUUAUAUGACGACACAGAAAUGAAUGUACACAGGAAUUCGCUGUUCGGACAUAUUGUGGUCAUGGGGUCAUUUUCUGAGUCUCACGACCAUGACUCCAGUUCGCUUUUUGUGUGACGCCCCCCAAAUCUAUGAAGAGUGUUUGCGUGUUCCGCUCAGCGAGUGGCGGGGACGAGGAGGUGGGAAUGCGAGACGGUAAAGGCGAAGGACCUAUGCAGCCACCGAACUGGACAAAUGGUUUACGGCUCCGUUUUCUCGGUUGAUCACUGUAGAUAAAGAUUGGAUGUGUCUAAUAGUUGACAAUUUCUUAUGAUUUUUUUCUGUCUCCCUUUAUUUAUUCCAAUAUUCGUGGAAGGCACCACGGACAAACCACUGGACGGUGGGGCUCUGGUCAGCUCGCAUCGCAUUGCUCCACAGGGUAUAAAGGUAUCAGAGAGGAUCAUGGGAAUAUAACAGCUGUCAGUGUGUUGUGAUUGGCUAACUGACAGCUGGUCUGUUGUCACUGUUCUUACCUUGGCAUUACCCCACCACCUCCCCACCUCCCACCCAGUAUGGCAGAUACCCUGGACAUGUCUGGCCCUUCCUCUCCGGAACAGCAGAGAGCCAAUAGGAUCCUCAGUGAGCCUCUAAGACGAAGCCUGAAGCACUCUCAUCCCUGCUCCCUCUCAGAGUAUCUCAACAACACCAACAGAAUAGCCCACCACCAUAGUAGCUCCAGUAGUACGGAUAUCAGGGGCUUCCUCCACCCCACCGCAGCGCAGCACAGGCCCAACCAGCCCAGGCAGCCCAAGCCUCACCGGGCCCCCUCCUCCAACAUAGACCUCUGGGAUUCCCCCAGUGGGCUUCACCUGGCUCAUGCUGCAGAGCUGCUGAUGAGGGCUGGGGCCUUGACACUGACCCCCACACCCAAGGACCAGGGCCCUCUGGGCGGGCUGGGGGCUGGGGGGAAUGGGGAGGAGGUGGAAGGUGGGUCCAGGGUUGAAGGGGACAGCAUGGGUUGUGUGACAGACUUCCUGCCACUGCUAGGCUGCUCCUGGUUCUCCUUGAACCCAGGCCUGUUUGCUCUGACAGCGGGAGGAGGGGGAUUCCUGACUGGUGGUGGAGGGUCAAUGGGAAUGGCCGGCGUUGGGGAGGGUGUUGAGGGGUUGCGAGGCGAGAGCUCGUCCCCUGGCGGCGGGGGGGGAGCUGGGAGAAGGAAGAGGAAGCGGUGUGGAGAGUGUGUGCCAUGUCGACGGAUGGGGAACUGUGAAGAGUGCAGCGCCUGCCGCAACCGUAAGACCGGACACCAGAUCUGCAAGUACAGGAAGUGUGAGCAGCUGAAGAAGAAGGCAGCCACUGGGUUAGAGAAGAUGGUGUUUCCAUCAGGAGCAGCGUUUCCAUGGCUACAAUAGGAUUCCACCUAUCUUUCCCAUGAACUGCCAGUCAAAUUAAAUAGACUCCGCCCAUUUGGAAUGUGAUCAUGGAUACUCUGGGCAUACAAAGUCAAUUCAGGUGGCAUUGUUGGAUUGGCUUGGAGAGUACAGUAUCUUCGACAAUCAAAAACAUGAAGAUGAAAAGUCAAUAAAGAAAAGAGAAGUCGUACCAAUGGAUUGACAUAUUGUUGGGCCCAAAAUGAACCACCUCAUUAACCACAGAGUAUUGUUUAUUCAUUGAAAAUGUAACUCCUUUUUAUACUCCAUUUUGGAACAUUUUGUCAUCGAAGUUUCUGACCUGGACGUUUCCAUAUAAGCCAAACCAAGAAGGACAGACUGGUCACAAUAUGAUGUUUAUGUUUGUUUUUCUAUUCAUGUCACAGCUAAUACAAUGAUGAGUAGUAGAUGUACUUAAGUCCUGAUUAGUGUCUAGUUCUUACACCUCUACGGUCUGCCUUCUGAAUAAAGACAAGGAAACUAUGUC